AUGACAAAUUUAGCUAGAUUAAAGAGGAAUAGAUACUAACAGAGAGUCUAGAGUGCUGAAUCUGGUAAAAUCUUUAGCAGUGAUCAAUUUACUGCUUAAUUUGAUCCUCAUCGUUAGAUUUAUGCUCAUAUUGAUCACUCUAAGCGUUAUGCUUAUUUUGUGAAGUACUUGCCUCAAAAUAAGCUAUAAAAAGAUAUCAUGAAUAUUAAGCAGAAUUUCCCCCUUCAAAAAAUUAACGAGAUAAGUCUCUAAAUAGUUGAUGAACUGCUAUAAAAUCCUUAAACAGAUGUUAUUUUGAUCAGUGAACUUAGCAAUUUAGAUUAGAAAGUUAAAAAAUAUCAAGAUUCAGCAGAAAAAGAAAGACUAAGAUGCACUAACUUCAAUUAUAAAAAAAUUAAAAUAAAUAAAAGAAAGUUGAGCUCACAGAUGUAACUUCAUCAUAUUCAAUAACAGGGAUAGACAGAAUUCUAGAAAUUGUUUCGAUAAAAUAUCACUAAUAUGAACUUUAAUCCAGUUCUUCUCAGCUGUCUGGAGCAGAGAAUAUAGGUGCAGAGUAAAUUGGAAGUAAUCAAUAAUAAGCUCGAGAAAAAUCUAGAAAAUACUGCUUAGAUUAAGGAUGGAAUCAGAUUAAUAGAGAAAGAAGUAACUGAUAUGAAAGGAAAAAUCUAGUUUUUGAAAAAUAUUUUGCGAAGAUUUUAUGAUGCAGUCUUGAGACUAUCAAUUACAGAUAGAGAAAAAAAUAGAAUCUAAAAGUUGCUUUUGUAAUUCAAGAUAGAGCCUUUAGUGGAUUAUGAUAUUGAUUUGUAACCAAAAUCUUAGAUUAAUGCAACUAAAAAUAUUGAGCAAAAAGAAUUAAAGAAAAGUAGUGAUUAUUACCAAAUUACGAGUCCAAGUGGUUAUGAAGUAAACAAUAUGCAAGAACUAUUAGUCGAUGAUUCUUCAUAUUAGGUUUCGAGACCAAAGAUAUUUAUGAAAUCGAGAGAGUCAAACUAAAGUAGCCCAUAGGUGAGAGAUAUCAGAUUAUCAGAUUAAUUUCUAAGUUCUAGAAAUCCCUUAAAUAACAACAAUCAGACUCUAUCACCUCACAUUAUAGGUAAAUCAAGAAAUACCUUCUGUAAUACUUCAUAAGGAGUUAGAGUAAUGUUCAAAUCUGCUAACCUACUAUGA